AUGACUUACAAUUCCGAAAAGAACACCCGCCUCCGAGCCCGACAGCUACAGCUCCUUCAUGUACUACACAUGCAAAUCCCGGAGCCUUACGCAGAACAAAUCACCCAGGAAGACAUUGCCCUGGCCAAUGCGCCUGAACCUUGCUGGACGCACAGUCUCGCCUCACCUAAGCAUGUUCUCACUUAUCCUCAUGAGUGGGUUACUAAGAAGGGGUCUCUUGCUGCUGUUCUUCGCAGCUUCCCUAUGAAGGCAAAAGAGCCUCUCGACGCUCAGCCCCCGCUCUAUGAAUCAGAUCUGGAGAUGUAG